AUGACGCCCAACCCACCUGAUGCCAUGACGCCCAACCCACCUGAUGACAUGACGCCCAACCCACCUGAUACCAUGACGCCCAACCCACCUCAUGCCAUGACGCCCAACCCACCUCAUGCCAUGACGCCCAACCCACCUGAUGCCAUGACCCCCAACCCACCUGAUGCCAUGACGCCCAACCCACCUCAUGCCAUGACGCCCAACCCACCUCAUGCCAUGACGCCCAACCCACCUGAUGCCAUGACGCCCAACCCACCUCAUGCCAUGACGCCCAACCCACCUGAUGCCAUGACGCCCAACCCACCUCAUGCCAUGACGCCCAACCCACCUCAUGCCAUGACGCCCAACCCACCUCAUGCCAUGACGCCCAACCCACCUCAUGCCAUGACGCCCAACCCACCUCAUGCCAUGACGCCCAACCCACCUCAUGCCAUGACGCCCAACCCACCUCGUGCCAUGACGCUCAACCCACCUCAUGCCAUGACGCUCAACCCACCGCAUGCCAUGACGCUCAACCUACCUCAUGCCAUGGCGCCCAACCCACCUCAUGCCAUGACGCCCAACCCACCUCAUGCCAUGACGCCCAACCCACCUCAUGCCAUGACGCUCAACCCACCUCAUGCCAUGACGCUCAACCCACCUCAUGCCAUGACGCCCAACCCACCUCAUGCCAUGGCGCCCAACCCACCUUAUGCCAUGACGCCCAACCCACCUCAUGCCAUGACGCCCAACCCACCUCAUGCCAUGACGCCCAACCCACCUCAUGCCAUGACGCUCAACCCACCUCAUGCCAUGACGCCCAACCCACCUCAUGCCAUGACGCCCAACCCACCCCAUGCCAUGACGCCCAACCCACAGAUGAGAGCAGCGCAGCCGUGCCAUCUCACGCGCACCUGCACUCUCCUCGCCCCGGGCAUGCCACUGGCUCGUCUGGAUCCUGUCAAUGAGCAACACGUGGCGGCAGCAGCUGCUGCCACGUCAGCACUGCAGGAGAAGAAAGCAGGCGGGCUGACGAAGGUGGGUGGAGGACGGCCGCGUUUAGUGGUGCGGUGGCGGUGGGUGGACGUGGAGGGGCGGGAGGGCGAGGAGGAGCUGGACCGGGCAGCGGUGAUGCAGCGCACGGGGCUGCAUGCGCGCGACCUGCGCAUCCUCGACCCGCUGCUCUCCUACCCCUCCACCAUCCUCGGCCGUGAGCGCGCCAUCGUGCUCAACCUCGAGCCUUCCCCCGCCACUCAUCUGCCCGGGGUGGUGGCGGCAUGGCAGCACCUCAAGGCCAUCAUCACGGCUGAAGAGGUGCCUUUCUGCCCUUCAUUGCGCACUUGGCGCCAUGCUCCCUCCAACCCAUGCCAUGAUGCCCUCCCACGCCCACCUGCCGUCCCACGCCCACCUGCCGUCCCACGCCCACCUGCCGUCCCACGCCCACCUGCCUCACUGCUUGGAUCUGAUUUGGAACCGUUAUUGGCAACUCAAAUGACCAUGAAGCGCACCUCUCCCUCUACAUGCCUUUCAUGCCUCUCUGCUCUCCCCUCCCCUGGUCUGGCCUCCCGGCCGCCCUCCCUUGGUGUGUGUGGCACUGAUGGCUCUGCGAGGAGGCACGACAGUGGCGAGUCAAGGGAGGUGCAUGGGGGUGGAGGGGGGAGAGACGGCCAUGAAGGGAGUGAGGGGACAAGGGAGAGUGCACACGCUGUUCAUGGGAGCGAUGCGGCGAGAAGAGUCGAUGAGAGGCGAAGAGUACGUGGGGUGUCAGAGAUUGAGAUGGUGGAGUGCGAAGAGAGUGAGAGAUGUGGGCCAGUGGAUGGCGACGGGGAUGAGGAGGAAGAGGAGGAGGAAGAGGGGGAAGAUGAGGAGGAUGCGUGGGAGGGCAUGGGCAGUGCACACGGGUCCCGGGCGGAGAGUGAGCCGCUCACGCUGCGACUGCGCGUGAAGGAAGGCGACCGGCCGUUCGAGUUCAUCGCAUUGGAGGUGGCGCUGGAGCAGGUGUGCCGUGCGCUGGACUCGCACACCACGCUGCUGGAGAACGAGGCUUACCCCGCCCUCGAUGAGCUCACCUCCCGAGUCGGUGCCCCUUCCCUUUCCGCAUCCGUCCCACCUUGCCUUCUCCCUACUCUUCCUUCCACUCGCCUGUCAAUCACCCGUGCACCAUUCACUGCGUGCUCUCACCCCUUGUGCUCGCCACGCCACGGCACGCCCUGGCAGGUGAGGGAGGAGUUGGAGCAGCUGCUGGACGACGAUGACGACAUGGCCGAGAUGUUCCUCACCCGCAUGGCCGCCGCCCCGCACUCCCCCACCGCCACCAUCGCUGCACGGCGCCGCCUCCCUCGCCUUUUCCCUCCCCGCCCCCGCCGCCCUCCAUGCGCCGUUUGCCUCUCCCCACCUCGCCUCCUCCCCGCUCGGCUCGCGGAUGUCCAUUGGCGGGCGUCCUACUUCGUGCAGAUAGACAGCAUCCUCAACAACCUCUUCACUCUGAGGGAGUACAUCGACGACACCGAGGACUACAUCAACAUCCAGAUUGACAAUCACCGCAAUCAGCUCAUCCAGCUGGAGCUGGUGCUGAAUGCGGGCAUCAUGGGCACGUCCAUCUCCGCCACCGUCGUCGGCAUAUUCGGAAUGAACAUCCCCUACGCGUGGAACACAGAUCCAUCUGCCUUUGUUUGG